AUGAGUAAAACAGGCCCGGAAAUCGACCAAAGAUUUAGCAUGAGAAACGGUGUCGAGUCCUCGGAUGUCAGCAUGAGAGUAGGGAACGUUAGUGACAUCGAUGAGGAGUCUACGGGACCCAUGGAGGUGCCAGAGCCCAAGAAAAACAAAAGUUUUUGGAGGUACACUUUUCCCGCUGCAUUUUCAUCUCUCGGUGCCAUUUAUGGAGACCUUGGAACAUCUCCAUUAUAUGUGCUAAACUCGGUCAAAUACCCUCAUAAAGAACCCACUGAACGAGAUAUCAUCUGUGCGGUUUCGGUGAUCUUUUGGGUAUUCACGCUCAUUGUUAUCGUCAAAUAUGUGGCGAUUGUGCUUUUCUUUGGUCCCAAUAAUGGUGAAGGUGGUCAGGUAGCCAUCUACGCCAAAAUCGCCCGACACCUUAAAAUCGGUCCUAAAGGUGUAACCAUUCCUGGAGCACCGGAAAAAACCGAUCUCGAGCUUCUUUCUCGACAAGAAACCGUGCUGAGCUUUGUUUCAAGUACCAAUAAAGCGUGGAAACAAAAUCCGACAGUGGUGAAAGUGGUCUCGUUUGUGGUUCUAACAGCAUGCUUUCUUGGGUGCUCGUUGAUCAUUUCCGAUGGUCUUUUGACUCCCACAACUUCGGUGUUGAGCGCUAUAGCUGGUAUCCAAAUUGCAAAGCCAGACUUUGACAAUGUUCUUGCGGUUUCUGAGGUGGUUCUUUUGGUGCUUUUUUGUAUCCAGCAGUUUGGAUCCCACAAGAUAUCGUUCACUUUUGCACCCAUAAUCACCCUUUGGCUUUUCGGCUUGAUUAUCUGUGGAUUGUACAAUAUCAUCAAAUAUUAUCCUGCCAUCUUCAAGGCUAUUUCUCCGCAUUAUGCCAUUGAAAUUUUAAAGGCGGGUGGAAUCGACGUCUUUAGUGGUUGCAUGUUGGCUAUAACUGGAACAGAAGCUAUGUUUGCCGACGUGGGACAUUUUGGUCGAGCACCGGUUCAGCUCGCUUUGACUUGUUUCGUGUAUCCAGCAUUGAUGUUGUGCUAUUUUGGACAGGCUGCGUACAUCAUUCAUCAUCCAAAAGCACUUUCAAAUCCAUUUUUCUACUCGAUUCCUGGAGGCACCAAUAGUGCGCCAUACUGGAUUAUGUUCGUGUUGGCUACACUCAGUACCAUCAUUGCCAGUCAGGCACUCAUCUUGGGAGUUUUCAGUAUUCUUUCGCAAUUGAUCAAUUUGGACUGUUUCCCCAACUUUACUAUAAUUCAUGUGUCCAAAUCGCAUGCCGGUAAGGUGUAUCUUCCAAUGGUUAACUGGAUGCUCAUGGUGGGUGUGCUCUGUACCACUGCUGGGUUCAAAAAUAGUAACAAUGUCACCGCUGCUUAUGGAUUGGGUAUCACGCUCGAUCUUUGUUUGACGACAAUUUUGUUGACUUUAUGCUUCAUUUUCGUAUAUCAAGUCAACAUUUUUGUGCUGGCUUUCUUCCUUUUGGUGUUUCUUCCGUUGGAGAUAGUUAUGGUGAUUUCCAACUUGAAGAAAAUCGAACAUGGAGCAUGGUUCCCCAUCAUGAUGGCUGGAAUCUGUUUCUCUUUUCUUUGCUUUUGGCGGUGGGCAAGAGCCAGAAAAGUCGACCACGAAUUCAGUUCGAGGGCUCGUAUAGAUAAUGUUUUUCCAUCUUUGAGACGGACUGCUCAAACCGUCGAUUUGGGCCGCGGAAGAAGCCCUACAAGAAAAGACGAAGACGAAAGCCGUGAAGAAUCUGUGGCAGAAUGGAACGAGAACUUGAUUGUGAAUUCAAAGUUUGGUGAAUUGGCAUUGAAGACAUACGACGGAGUGGCUAUAAUCCAUUGUGAAUCAUCGUACCAGAAUCUCAUGUCUCCAAAUACCGUUCCUGAAUUGUACCAAAGGGUGGUUUCGUCGUUUGCUUCGUUGCCGAGAAUUGUGAUUUUUUGCUCCAAAAGAGCGUUAUCUGUUCCUGUGGUUCCACAAGACGAACGAGUGCUUCUUGGACCUACCAAAAUCCAGGGCCAUUUUCGGUGUGUCUUGCGAUAUGGGUUCACCGAAGAGAUGGUUAUCGAUAAAGAUUUGAUGCAACAUAUUCUCAAGUCUGUGCCUGGAUAUGUUGAGUUGAACGAUAGUCCUCAUCGAGACCAGAUUCCGGUUCCAGUACUUCAUGUUUUCGACAAGAGUGUUGUCAAGUCUCACACCUACUUGAGCAAUCCCACUCGAAAUAUCCUUAGAAAAGCCGGAAGACGGGUGCGUAUUUUUGCCAUAGAGCAUAUCUUCAGUCCUAUCACUUCGAUCUUCAACUUUCACGGGCAGUACUUGAAAAUAGAGGAUGAAGCCGAAGAAACACAGCGCAAGUUGUUCGUUGGAGGAGUAGUUAGAAUCUGA